CCAAUAGGAUCAAGCGCUGUUAUCGGCAGAGAAAAAAAAAUCCUUACAGUCGCCAUGAUAUAGCAGCGGAAACGGGUGAGAAGUAGCUAGAAAACAAAAGAGAACACGCAGUCGUCCUCGCGAUUUGGUAUGCUCUUGCAGUGUUAUAGGAAUGCCCAAGGAAAAAUAUGACCCGCCGGAUCCCAGGCGGAUGUACACAAUUAUGUCCAGCGAGGAGGCAGCCAACGGGAAGAAGUCAUACUGGGCUGAGCUGGAAAUCAGCGGCCGAGUAAGGAGUCUCAGCACAGCCCUGUGGUCUCUCACCCACCUCACUGCCCUGCACCUCAGUGACAACUCACUGUCACGCAUCCCGCCAGACAUUGCCAAACUACACAAUCUGGUGUACCUGGAUCUCUCAUCCAAUAAGAUCAGGAGCCUGCCGGCAGAGCUCGGCAACAUGGUGUCUCUCAGGGAACUGCUUUUAAAUAACAACCAGUUGCGGGUUCUGCCAUUUGAAUUGGGGAAACUGUUUCAGUUACAAACACUGGGGUUGAAAGGAAACCCACUUGCACAAGAAAUUAUGAGCCUCUACCAGGAACCUGAUGGCACGCGGAGACUGCUCAACUACUUGUUAGACAAUCUGGCAGGGGCUAUCAAGCGCAUACCGACAGAGCAGCCCCCAGCCCGGUCAUGGAUCUCACUCCAGGAACCAGACCGAACACGGGCCUCAGCACUGUUCUCCGUGAUGUGCUACAAUGUGCUGUGUGAUAAGUACGCCACAAGACAGCUAUACGGCUACUGCCCCUCAUGGGCUCUAAAUUGGGAGUACAGGAAGAAAUCCAUCAUGCAGGAGAUAAUGGGCUGCAAUGCAGACAUCAUCAGUUUGCAGGAAGUUGAGACGGAGCAGUACUACAAUUUUUUCUUGCCUGAGCUGAAGGAGCAGGGAUACGACGGGUUCUUCAGUCCAAAGUCACGAGCCAGGACUAUGUCCGAGUCGGACCGCAAACACGUGGACGGUUGUGCAAUUUUCUUCAAGACAGAAAAGUUCAGCGCAGUUCAGAAGCACACAGUGGAGUUCAACCAGCUGGCCAUGGCUAACUCCGAGGGCUCAGAGGCUAUGCUGAACAGGGUAAUGACCAAGGACAACAUCGGGGUAGCUGUACUGCUCGAGGUCCGCAAAGAGAUGAUGGAGGCCUCCUCUGGAAAGUCACUCCAUGGUAUGGAGAAGCAGCUGCUCCUGGUAGCUAAUGCCCACAUGCACUGGGACCCAGAGUACUCUGACGUCAAGCUGGUCCAGACCAUGAUGUUCCUUUCGGAAGUGAAGAACAUAGUGGACAAGGCCACACGCAGCCUCAAGCUGGCCUCUGUCUCUGGUGAGACCAAUGCCAUUCCACUGGUGCUGUGCGCUGACCUCAACUCCUUGCCCGACUCUGGCGUAGUGGAGUAUCUCAGUACUGGUGGGGUGGACUGCACCCACAAGGACUUCAAGGAGCUUCGUUAUAGUGACAGCCUGACCAAAUUCAACUGCAACGGCAAGAACAGCACGUCCAAUGGCAGGAUCACGCAUGGCUUCAAGCUGAAGAGCGCCUACGAGAACGGCCUGAUGCCUUACACCAACUACACCUUCGACUUCAAGGGUGUCAUCGACUAUAUUUUCUACUCCAAGCCUCACCUGAACGUGCUGGGUAUCUUGGGGCCCCUGGACCCCCACUGGCUCGUAGAGAACAAUGUCACCGGCUGCCCACAUCCCCACAUCCCCUCCGACCACUUCUCCCUCUUCGGCCAGCUGGAGCUGCUCCUGCCCAACGUGCCCCCCCAGGUCAACGGGCUCCAUCUGCCUGCACGCAGGUAGUGAGUCCCUGCCACACCACCAGGGGGGGCUGCAACCACAGCCUCUCCCUUUCAAACCCUCCUCCCUCCCACUACCAGCUCUUCCCUCCACCACGCCGGAGGAGGAAGACAAAUACACAACCUGUAAAAUAUUCGUACAGUGAGGUCUGGCCGACAGGGAUUUCGUAUAAUGUUAUAGAUAUUCUAUAUUUUUCUUUUUUCUUUCUCCGUUUUUCUUUUUUGUUCUUUUUUUAACUGCUCGAUUCAGUCCUGUCCGUGUAUCAUUUUGUGUUUUGGACUCCCUUUCCUCCUCAAAUCCACCCACCCACUUUGCUUUCUGUCCUUCAAACUAGAGGGGAUGGUAGCUCAUUCAGAUUUGUCAUAUGGGGCACAGUUUGGUUUUAGAGCAAGGGGGGAAACUUAGAGAAGUGGCUGAGGGGAAGACAUUCACCUGAAAAGCUCCAUAGCUGAUGGUCUGCCUGUCUGUCUGUCCUGUAUAAAUCUUAAACCAGCAAAGACAGCAGACUUGUCAGUCUCAGACCUCCAUCAUUGGCUUGUGCUUGUUUUCCCCUGUACCCUGGGCAGCCGGCGUACUUUCUCAGUCUUUCCAGGGUGCAGGCAUUUGUCGAGUCAGAUGUUGUUGGGUUAGAGCAGCUUUUAGCUUGUAGUUAAGCGUCCCUCGAGGUGGAUGUAGCGCAGCUCGUACGAGGUGAGAUUUCCUGCUGUCAUUCUGUGGUGCUGAGGCCUUUUUGCGUGGUCACGGCCUCCCGUGGUGCUACAAGAUAGUCUACACCUCUGACCCCGGCCCUGGUGCAUUAGCUACCAAACCCACAGAUGCCUCGAGAACCAGACGUCCGAGAACUACAGUUGCCCAGUUUCACGUGGGCUGUGUGUAGUGUUAAUAUGUGAAGGAAGGAUGUGGUGAGAAACUGAAGGCAGCUACCACUCUGUUUGCGGACUGUUUUCACCCCAGCUUGUAUAGUUGUUAGGCUAGUCUUGUGCUUAGGAGCUCAUGUGGCCCACGCACCCCCAUUUUUGG